GGAUUUCGUCAUAUGACUGAAGUAACUUCACAUCCGGGUGAAUAGGGGUCGUGUGAGGGUUGCUUAUCAGAAACAUGUUAUUGCAAAGAGUUUUACAAUGUGGUGUUUCGACACUCAAAGGGAUUCGCUCCAUUCAUCAGACUUCACUAUUGAGAAGUCCACUCAUACCUAUCGUUGUGGAGCAGACGGGACGAGGAGAGCGCGCGUAUGACAUCUACUCAAGGCUACUCAGAGAGAGAAUCAUCUGUGUUAUGGGUCCUAUCGAUGACACUGUAGCCUCUCUGGUCAUUGCUCAACUACUUUUUCUCCAGUCAGAGAGCAAUAACAAACCUAUUCACAUGUACAUCAACAGCCCUGGGGGUGUAGUUACAGCUGGACUUGCGAUCUAUGACACCAUGCAGUAUAUUUUAAAUCCCAUCUCUACCUGGUGUGUGGGCCAGGCUGCCAGUAUGGGCAGUCUCCUGUUGGCAUCAGGAACUGCAGGCAUGAGGCAUUCACUGCCCAAUGCCAGAAUAAUGGUGCACCAGCCUUCUGGAGGUGCAAGGGGGCAGGCAACAGAUAUUGCCAUCCAGGCAGAGGAAAUUCUCAAGCUGAAAAGACAGAUCAACAUCAUCUAUUCAAAGCACACAGGGCAGCUUUUGGAGACUAUAGAGGGUGUUAUGGAGAGAGACAGGUACAUGAGUCCGAUGGAAGCUCAGGAUUUCGGGAUCAUCGACAAGGUCCUGGUUCAUCCUCCACAGGCCGGGCAAGAUGAGCCAGAACUUGUUCAGAAAGAACCUGCCAGCCCUGCGAGCACCUCCACCUCCCCUCAACCACAAGCCUCAGAGCCAGGAAAGCCUGGCAGCAAUCCCACCUCCUCCCACAAACCUGAACCCUGAAAUAGACUCCAUGCUGGAGCAAACAACCACCAUGUUACUGGUUCAGCGUCUCUUUUGGGAGAUGCCUUAGAGGAUUGUCACCAGCUCACACAUCUGAAACCUUUGUAUUUGACAUUUUAUUAAGAAAUGUCACUAGCAAAGACCUGAGAAACAGUACUGGAAUCUGGACCACCUUACAGAUGCAAAUGUGGAGGAGCAUGGAUGCCCCCUCAUAUUUGUAUACUGUACAAAAACAUAUAUUUUUUAGCAAGACAUAAGGUUACUUGUACACCAACUGGAUAGGAACGCAAGAUUAUGCAGGGUUUGAUGUCUGGGUAUUUAGAAUGUGUUUGUCACAAAAUAUGCUAUGGUAUGUGCUUGCCAGUAUAAUAUGAUCCAUUCAAAAUAAUUUGAAGCAAGACGUUUUAUAGCUAUCGUACAAAUAAAUCAAAUGAAAAUUGA